AUGAACAACUUGGAAGAGCGUCUGGCGGAGGAAGUUCGCAAGCACGCGAACCUGUACGAGGUGUCCGCGAGAAAUUAUAAGGACCAUCAGAUGUCCACCAACUCGUGGGAGCAGAUCUCUCGGAACACCGGGUUGUCGAUCGAUGAAUGCAAGCUGAAGUGGAAUUGCAUCUCGACACGUAAACCCCACUCAGAACCAUUAAGUUGGUCAGGGACGUGUUGUCAGUCAGCGGAGCAGCAGGGAAAGAGGAGGCAGCAGAGGGAGGAGGAGGAGAGGACCUGCAGGGGCUUCCUGGUAGACAACCAAGACAGGAAGCUGUUUGUGGGGAUGCUGAAUAAACAACAGACCGAGGAGGAUGUUUACCGCCUCUUCGAGCCCUACGGAGUCAUCGAGGAGUGCACAGUCCUAAGAGGUCCUGAUGGAAACAGCAAAGGCUGUGCCUUUGUCAAGUUCUCAACACACACUGAGGCCCAGUCUGCAAUCAGUGCCCUCCAUGGCAGCCAGACCAUGCCAGGCGCUUCAUCCAGCUUGGUGGUCAAAUUUGCCGACACAGACAAGGAGCGCACCAUCAGACGCAUGCAGCAGAUGGUGGGGCAGUUUGGCAUCUUCAACCCGGCCAUCGCCCUUCCUUUCAGCACCUACAGCUCCUACGCACACGCGCUCAUGCAGCAGCAGGCAGCCAUCAUGGCAGCAAGCCACGGAGGUUAUCUCACACCCAGUGUGGCCUUCCCCGCCACACAGAUCCACCAGAUGGGGGCGCUCAACAUCAACGGCCUCCCACCCACCCCCAUGACCCCGGUGUCGG